AUCAAAAUGCUGAAAAGGCCUGGUGAAUAUGAGCCUCCGUUAGGCAAAAUUUGGACAAGAGCGGAAUCUCGAAUGUGGACGAUCACAAUGUUCAGCGGCACGUGUGUUUUAUACGCGUCUCGCGCAAGUUUACCGAUUAGUGCUGCAGCUGUAGCGAAGGAGUUUGCAUGGAAUAAAACGGAUUCGGGUACCGUGCUCUCAUGCUUUUUCUGGGGAUAUGCUUUGACACAAGUUUUCGCUGGACGGAUAGCAGACAAGUAUGGAGCAGAAAAAAUUCUCCCGUACUCUAGUCUAGCGUGGACAAUGCUCACAUUUUUCACUCCACACUUAUUCGAUUUCGCAUAUUGGACAAAUUACCCGCUUGUGGUUCUUCUGGCGGUGCGGAUUUUAACAGGAGUCUGCCAGGCUUUUCAUAUUCCGUCUCUAGCGUCUAUUGUAUCCAAACAUCUUGCCGCGGCGGACAAGGGACGAGUUUUUGGAAUAGUUUUAGCAGGUUCACAUUGGGGAACAGUGCUUGCCGGUGCAAUUGGAAGCAUCCUGAUCGAGUGGAUCGGAUGGAGAGCAUUAUUUCAAUUUGUUGGAAUAAUCUCACUUAUCUGGUGCUGGGUGUUCCGAUGGGUUUUGGAUAGAGCAAAAGGACCGGGCGGAAGAAGUUCCCCACUGCCAGAUGAAGAAGUUCUUCUCGAUAAGAAACAUGACACAAUUGAAUCUCAUCUCGCCGCCACAUCACCAUGCCCAUCGGUUCCAUGGGGAACCCUGUUCCGUCAUCCUGCUUUCUGGGCUGCCGCAGUUGCUCAGUACACUGGCGGCAACUCGUAUUCGAUUCUGUUCAACUGGCUCCCAUCGUAUUUCCACGAGACAUUCCCGACUGCGAAGGGUUUUGUAUACAAUGUGGUACCAUCGUUGGCGAUCGUUGUCACCUCAUUGGUGGCCCCAGUGAUGGCGUCUCGUGCGCUGUCCGAGGGAAAAACUGUGACCUAUACGAGAAAAUUGAUGGAAGGAGCCAGUCUACUGGGAAUCGCAUUCUGUUUGAUGCUAGUACCAAUGACAUCAUCGUUCUGGAUAUCAUUGAUCAUAUUCACUAUGGCAAUGGCUGCCAGAGGGCUACACCACGGUGGUGUUUCCGUAAAUCCACACGAUUUUGCACCAAAUCAUGCGGGAUCUGUUUUUGGAGUUUUCAAUGCCUGCGGCGCCAUCACCGGAUUCGUCGGUGUCUACAUUGCUGGUCACAUCCUGGAAGCCACGAAUAACAACUGGUCGUACGUGUUCGUUGUGACGGCGGCUCAGUGUGUUGUUGGAGCUAUGGUUUAUACACUUCUGGGCACUGGACAGAAGAUUAUUUAAUUAUUUGUUUCAUGUGCAUUAACUUUUUUUUCAAAAAUUCUUGAAGUGAAUCCGAAGAUUUACUUUUGAAAAAUAGUUUUCUUCUUCUUCUUUAUUCUUGUUUCAUAAUUUUUGUUAUCGGUCUUUUCUUCUUCUUCUCAUUUCCCCUCUGAACUAUAAACUUGCCUCUUCUCAUUUUUCUUCCCCCACCCCUCUUCGAAUUGUCUGUGUUCACCCUUCCCCACACCCACUCAAUUUUCAGUGAUUCAUAGUUUAUCCGGGUUUUUGAAGUCUUUUCAUUGUACGAAAUGUGUAAUAUUCAUGUCUUUUUUAAAUAAAUUUAUUUAUUUUCCAAAACAACAUUU